GGCCGGGUGGUCAACGUGGCCAGCGUGAUGGGCCGGAUCGCCUUCUUUGGCGGGGGGUACUGCCCCUCCAAGUACGGUGUGGAGGCCUUCUCCGACAGCCUGCGGCUUGAGAUGCGCCACUUCGGGGUGAAGGUCAGCAUCAUCGAGCCAGGCUACUUCAAGACAGCGAUCACCAGCGCCGAGAAACUGGAGGAGUGUUUUCUUAGCACCUGGGAGAAGGUCUCAGAUGAAACGAAAGCAGGCUACGGGGAGAAUUUCUUGAAGGACUUUCUGGCAGGAGCCAAGAAGAUGCAGAAGAGGUGCAGCUCCAACCUCUCGCUGGUCACGGACUGCAUGGAGCACGCGCUGACCAGCCGCUACCCGCGCGCCCGCUACUCGGCCGGCUGGGACGCCAAGCUCCUCUACAUCCCCCUCAGCUACCUGCCCUCUGCCCUUGCCGACGUGAUCCUGACCUGGUCCUACCCCAAACCUGCCCAGAAAGCCUGAGGCCGCUGCAGGCGGCAGCAGCCAGGGGCUGAGAUCUGGCAUCGCCCCGCAGCUGAAGCCGUGUGGAGAAGUUCCUAAAUUCCUAGGUCGGCUACAUCCUGCAACUCGCUGUCACUCGCUAGCAAACAGGUUUGCUGCUGAAUAAAGACAAUGUCCUCUUCCCU